AGAGGAAAAGAGAUUAUCCAAUUCCAACCCAUGCAUCUUUUGAUCUGAGAGAAUAUUAUUUUCAUUCAUACAUAAAAACAAACAAACCGAAACCAAACCCAGAAUUCAUUCAUUCAUGAGAUCAACAGAUUUCUUCACAACGGCUUUCAUUUUCUUCCUCAAGAAUUUGUGAUCUCUGCAGCUUUAGAUACAGAUAAUUAAAUAAGCGAAGCAUCUGGCUGUAGAGGAAAAUGGCAGAAACAAUAUCUAGCUUCUGGGGUCCAGUCACAUCAACUAUAGAGUGUUGUGAAGACAAUUAUGCAUAUUCAUCUUAUAUUGCAGAAUUUUACAAUACAAUAUCCAACAUUCCGACCAUUCUUUUGGCUCUCAUUGGUCUCAUAAAUGCUUUUAGACAACGGUUUGAGAAAAGAUUUAGUGUUCUUCACGUAUCAAAUAUGACGCUUGCCUUUGGAAGCAUGUUAUACCAUUCUACUUUACAACAUGUGCAACAACAAAGUGAUGAAACUCCUAUGCUGUGGGAGAUUCUGUUGUACGUGUACAUUCUCUACUCUCCGGAUUGGCAUUACCGUAGUACAAUGCCCAUCUUCCUAUUUUUGUAUGGUGCUGGUUUUGCUGUUGUCCAUUCAUAUGUCCGUUUCGGCAUUGGCUUCCAAGUCCAUUACGCCAUCCUCUGUCUGCUAUGUAUUCCAAGAAUGUACAAGUAUUACAUUUAUACCGCAGAUGUAUGUGCCAAGAGGAUCGCAAAGCUAUACGUAGCCACACUUCUAUUAGGAAGUUUGUUUUGGUUUGGCGACCGAGUUUUCUGCAAGGAGAUAUCUCAGUGGCAGGUUAAUCCACAAGGUCAUGCUUUAUGGCAUCUUUUCAUGGGCCUCAAUUCCUACUUUGCAAACACAUUCUUGAUGUUUUGCCGUGCUGAACAACGUGAGUGGUCUCCGAAAAUUGUUCGUUUAUUCGGUGUUUUGCCAUAUGUGAAGAUUAAGAAGCCAAAACAAAAAUAAGAGAAGAUAGUACAAGAUUCAGAAGGUUUCUGUCAUAAUACAAUUUGGAAGAUUUAUCGAUGUUUCGCUCUUGAUCCUCAGUUUUGUUUAUCUGAUUUAGAUUGGUUUACAUGAUGAUGAUUUUUUAUAUAUUUUGUUGCAGCUUUAGGACAUGUACCAUAUUUAUACCAUAUGGAUGCUUUCUUGGCCUUAGAAUUUUGUUAACUUUACUUAUGACAACCAAAAGUUUUGAAGUAACAUGGUUGUUUGAUUCUCAGUUUCAUACACAUUUUUACUUGUAACAUGUUGUGUAACCCUUUCUAGGUGAGGUUUUUACUACAGUUGUAGAGGAUCAUGUAUCUGCAUUGGAAGAGUAUGGUUUUUUCAUCUCUUUUUCUGAUAACUCCUUUUGAAAUGUAUGACAUAAUAUGAAACUCUAUUUAAUAA